CCAGUAUCAAGUCCGAAUAGCACGGCGAGGACAUCUCACAUGACGCAGUGCAUACACAUCACGCCACGUGCCUACAUCCUGCCCUUCCUACUACUCCUGCUGUGCCAUCACCUUCCUCUAUGGGUCUUCUGGGCCGCCCUCAGUCCUCCGACAACAAAUGAUGAGGACGCAUGCGACCGCACGUUCUCACAAUGGAUAUCCCAGACCUUUGUGCUUCAUCUUGCCAUUCCUGUUACGUGUAUCGUGUCGAUCAUUGUGACGUUUCUCUCGCCAAUCCAUCGGCCCCAUGCCAACCGCAGGACAUGCUUCAGUGAAACCCCGCUCAUUGUGGCCGUGUUCCUGCUUUACGUGGCCCUCGCCUCGUGGGAUGCGUACGGCAUCCAUCGAUCCCGCAGGUGUUUCCCAGCGUCCCUCCACCACCGCGGUGGCAUCCUCGCAUUCGACCUCACCGUCUCCAUCCUCGUGCUUCUCGCGUGGAUCGCGUCCAUGUGUUCAGCGUCGCCGCUCUCGGAGGCCGACAUGCGCGCCAAAUUCACCAGUCGGCUGCGCUGUCUCACGUACGCGUUCGUCUGUCGACGCUACGACAACGACGACGAAACCACCGACAUGUUCUCCUUCCUCGCCGAAUCCAUGGCGCAGUUCUUCUACGUCCGUCGCCGCGACCACGAGACGCCCCUGCCGCUUCCCGAUGUCCUCUUCGCCCUCCAUCUCGUGGCCAAGCGCCAAGCCAGCGAGCGUCAACUGCUGGCGCCCCCGUCGCCGUCGACUGUCAUGACGGACCCGUCCAUAUUUGACGACGCCAUCCAAUACGGCAAACUGGCGGGCGGGAUCUAUGGCUGGCGGCUCUUCCUCUACUACAACCCGCUCUCGUGCCACAAGGUGCUCGCGUGCUGCCAGUCGCGCGACGUCCGGCGCCACCUCAACGCGGUCCGCGCGCACUCGGCGAGCCGCCAUGGCCCCCGCGACGACGUGUCGUUCGUGUGCUACGCCGGCGUCACACACACAUCCGUGCAGUACAUUUCCGGCGCCAACGAACUGUUCAAAGUGCCGUUUUCAGUGUGCCGAGACGACGUCAAGAAGGAGGUCGUCGUCGCCAUCCGCGGCUCCUUCUCAUGGCAUGAUGUGCUCACGGACGCGUUGGGCCGGACGGUGCCCAUGGCAGCCCACGAAGCCACCAGAGACGAUGGCAGCACCAUCUACACACACGAAGGCGCGCUGCGGUCUGCAAGGCAUUUGCUUCACGAGCUUCAAUCGGGCACCCUACGGGCGUUGUUUUGGGAUUUUGCCCAAUCGAAUUGCCGCCGGGACGACCCCAACGCAUCAUGGCGGGUCGUUCUGACCGGCCACUCGCUCGGCGGCGGCAUCGCGGCGCUGCUGACGCUCAUGCUGCGCAAGGACUUGAGUGUCCACGGGUUUCUCUUCGCGCCCAUGGCCGUGCUGGACGGCAGCACGGCAGACUGGUCGGCUCCGUUCAUGACCACGUUCAUCUACGGCGACGAUUGGAUCCCGCGCCUCACGACGUCCAACCUUAUGCGCCUCCGCAACGAGAUCAUGGUUGCGUAUCAGCAUGUAUCGAAUGCGUUGCUGUUGUCCGUGUACUUGGCCUGGUUCAACCCGACGCGACUGAUGCCACAGAUUCACCCCGAGUGGACCGACCUGGAACUUCUAGAGCCGGAUGCAGCCACGGCAUUAGCCAUCCCCGGCACGAUCUUUCAAAUUGCCCCAACCCAACCAGCUAGGAUGUGCCCAUGUGAAAAACUCCUGGGACGACAGGAGCUGGAGUGUGUCCGGCGCCACCGCCAUGAGUUUGAUCGGAUUUGGGUAACUUAUCGAGCCGUGGUGGACCAUUUCCCACAUCAUUAUGACCAAACGCUGUUGCGCAUGCAGCAAAGCAUGCGCGAAACCCAAGCCCACGACGUUCUAUAAGUCCUGGUAUUAAUAUAUACUAGUACUACAUAGUAGUACUUCCUCCG